GUUCUCUGUUUUGAGUGUAGUAUUCGUUUCUCCGGUUUCUCCCUCCCAGAUAUCGCCCAUUUCGAACAUUUGUGUUUCGUGUUUGUUCAUUUGCAUUCUUGCAUUACCCUAAAAACAGGAGUUUGUUUAUUUUACUACAUUCAACAAAGAAGGAAAUGAUCAGAACAGAGCAACAUCUCCCGCGACUACCAGCGACCUUUUGUCGACCCAGGCUAUGUCGGAUAUGCUGCGCUCCAGAUAACGACGAUCUAAUUUCCGUGCAAUUGAUACAAGACGGAGUCAGUAUAGCACAGAUGCUUCAAGAGCUAACAGAAAUCGAAGUCAUGGCCGAUAAGAAUCUACCGCAAAAUGUGUGUUUGAAAUGUCUUGAUCGUCUUAAAAAUGCCUAUCACCUGCGCCGCCAAUGCAUUGAUUCAGAUCGAAUACUGAGAAGAGAACAUUACCCGGAAUCAUUUGACAAGCUACAACCUAUGGUAAAAUUAGAAAUCGAAACAUUGCACGAUGUAGAUAAUGUAAACGAAGAUGAUUCGAUUGCUUGUGACGAAAAUGAAGUAAACUCGAACGAAGAAAUAAAACUCAUUACAUCGAAUCAGGAAUUGAUAGCGGUUUUGACAGAUCAGGAGAAAAGCAAAAACAGACCCGUGUCGGUGUACUUGAGCCAUGAUGAAGCCGAAUACGAAAUUUUACAGCAAAGUGAACACUACGAGCACAUAAGUCUUUUCGUGGCACAAUGUUGUGGUUGCUCAGAAAGUUUAAGCGAUAAAAAUCAAUUACUGCUUCACGGCGAGGCAGUACAUCAAACUGAUAAACAAGUGCUGAACGAAUCAAUCAAAAAAACCGGAACGCAAUAUGUGUGUCAGAUUUGUUUUCACCAGUUUCCCGAGGAAUCAGAUUUUUCCAAGCAUCGCAUUCACAUCGAUGCACGUCAGUUGCGCUGUCGAGAAUGUGGUUUGCUGUUAGAUGAUCUAGAUCAUAUGUUAGAACAUCUUUCACAAGUUCACUCGGUUGAGGUUGAUAACCAUAGCGAGAGGGACAGUGAUGAAGGUUGCAAUACUGAUGUUGCUGCGCUUUUAACGUUGGCUUCGUUUGAUUCAAACCAAUACAAAUUAGUUCCUACCGGGGAGGACUUUGACACAGUCGAGUUUACUUGCUUCAGAUGCUGUGGAUGUGAAAACGUCUUUAAAGUACGUGAACAGUUCGAAUUACACUCGAAGGAAGUGCAUAGCCCAGAAAGGAUAGAAUACGACGAAGAAAUGCCAUACGAAUGUAGCAUUUGUUAUCAACGUUUUGCGAAAAAAGCUUCAUUGGCAUACCAUAGAAACGGCUCCAGCAAGCGGCAAGUAGUUUGUCGAAUUUGUGAAGGUUUGUUUAAAGGGGAAAGAUCAUAUCGUAGGCAUUUCCUGCAACAUCAUAGUAUGGUUGAAGGAAAUGAAUUAAAAAUGGAUGUGAAGUCCCAGCAGUUGUCUAGCGUCAAACAAGAAAAUGAUGAAUGUAGUAAACUAGAGGACCAAAGUGAAUGCGAAAGUAUGCGAGAAGUUGAAUUCAUAGAAGACAUUUUUGAGGAUGAGGAAUUGAAUUCUGAGGAUGACGAACUGGAAACAAGUAAACCAAGGCGAAUAAAUAAAUACUUGCCAACAAGACAACGCAAGGAAAUGGGAAAAGUGCCGGGAAAUUUACUUCGCAUCAUUGAAGCAUUGGACGGAUACAAUAUUGUCGAAAUAAUGAAAGAACGAUGCUGUCGUUGUUUGGAAUUUUUCGACACACUUGAUGAGUUGAAUCAACAUACUGAGGAGCAUCGGCAGGAAUCGCAGCUAGAAAACGAAACCUCGGAUAAACCAAUCAAAUAUCAGUGUGAGUUUUGUUUGAAGACGUUUGAUAUUGCUCUAGUCUAUGUUGUACAUAAAAGAAUACGGGAACAAAAACAGUUCUACCAAUGUAAGUUAUGCGAUUUCGUGAUCGACUCCGAAUCACGUCUCAAAAAUCAUAUGCUGCACAACGAGCAACAUGCCAAAUUUUUCAAUGUAAUUCGUGAGGAUGUUAGUGAUCGAUACGAUGCAGUGCAACUCCCAGGAGUUCGCUGUUGUGGUUGCGGUGACUAUUUUAAAAAUGAUGAGAGUCUGACAGAACAUUCUAGAACUGUUCAUCCGAGGGAUCAUCGCAAAGAUGGCCUAAAACGAGGACAUGUCUGUACCGUCUGCGAUAAACGUUGCUACAACAAAUCCGAGGUGGAAAGCCACCAAAAGAAAAAUGGUUCUACGAUUCGUUACUAUUGCAAACUAUGUGAGUUUGAAACGGCUAGUGAAGCCCGCAUGUUGAAACAUCUGUACAGUUCGAUACACAAUCAAUCGUUGCCAACCAUUGAAGUAAAAAAUGUAGAAGUUGGUUUCAGGAAAGCCGGAACUCUGCGCUACUGCUGUUUUGAGGGUUGUAAUGUAACUUUUUGUGAGAUAGGUAAACUGCAGGAACACGUCAACAGUAUCCAUAAAAUUGAAAAAGAAUCGAACAUGUCUACACCACGGCUCGAUAUGGCUUCUAAAUGGCAAUGCGACUGUUGUUACCGCUUUUUUCGAACGGUGGCGUUGCUCAAACAGCAUCAGUUCAGUCAACGCGAGACCAAAAGCUACGUUUGCUCAAUUUGUGGGGCGGCGAAACUUAACAAAACAGCUUUAACAGCGCACGAAAUGAGGCAUACCGGCGAAAGACCUUUUGCCUGUACUGUAUGUGAUAAGCGCUUCGCUUCUCAGACAAUACUUACUUCUCACAUGAAGUGCCAUGUUCCAAAGCAGUACGAAUGUAUCGAAUGUGGUGAGAAAUUCGCACGAGGAGAAAAUCUCAAACGGCACAUUCGCCACCGACAUUCGGAGGCUACCUACUGCUGCAGUUAUUGUCCGCGAAAGUUAAAAACACGGGAGGCGCAGGUUCUCCAUGAGAGGUCCCACACUGGUGAAAAACCAUUUGCGUGUCGCACCGAAGGUUGUGAAAAGCGGUACGCUAGUAUAACUGACCGGAGACGUCACGAAAUGGCCAGUCACACCGGAGAGCGUCCGCACAAAUGUUCCUACUGUGUGGCAUCAUUUGUACGGAAACGUCAACUAACCAUUCAUGAACGGAAGCACACCGGCGAGCGACCGUUCGUCUGUAAUCGCUGUGGGAAAGCUUUCAUCGAUGCCCCGUUUCUCAAGAAGCAUUCCUGCUGAGACUGACCAACCGACAGUGAAGUUUAACGCUUAAACGCUUAAGGUUUAUUCAUUAUUUUAAAAUAGCAGGUAUAUAUAUAUAUAUAUAUAU